AUGAACGCCAAAUGGGCCGUUGUACUACAUUCAAAAUCCACAACUAUUCACCUUCAACCGUCUAUCGACUAUCCAACAACUUAUACCACAGUAUUCACAAUGUCCAAAGUUUCUGUAACUGAUAGCUCACUGUGGUUCGAGUGGGACGACGCUACAUUGAAACGCAAAGCAUAUGCCACAGAAUCUGACAAUGCACAAGAUUACGCCGAUAGACACGCUGCAAGAGAUAUACGUAAGGGGCGAAAAGAAUGGUCAAGUGAAGAAGUGAUGAAAAAAUCCAAUGCUUCAAGAUAUGAUUAUGAGAAUUAUGGGGACAAAAAUGUAGCAAGAGCUAUAAUUAAGAGGGACCGCAACGAUGCCAGCAAAGAGGCCCAUGAAAAGGCCGAAACGGCAAUGGCAAAUUUAUCAAUAGAUGGUCCUCCAAAACUUCCUAAUGACAGAGGAACUGCAUCUAAGGAUGCAACGGAUUAUGACAAUCUGAGGAGGGGGAAAGAACCACAAAAGCGCAAGCCAAGUGUUCCUCUAGUCGCGAGUCAACCUUCAAGCGGAAGCGGUAGUAGACCAAGAACAGAUAAUGCGGGAGUACAAGGAAGGGAGGGUCGUAGUAGUGCCAGAGAAAAAGGCAAGCGUAAUCGGUCUGCUAGCGCCUCUAGGACUAGAGAUCCAGCAAAGAAACCUUCCACUGCCAGCUCUUCGAAUUCUGGCAAACCUCCCACUGCCAACUCUUCGAAUUCUGGCAAACCUCCCACUGCCAGCUCUUCGAAUUCUGGCAAACCUCCCACUGCCAGCUCUUCGAAUUCUGGCAAACCUCCCACUGCCAGCUCUUCGAAUUCUGGCAAACCUCCCACUGCCAACUCUUCGAAUUCUGGCAAACCUCCCACUGCCAGCUCUUCGAAUUCUGGCAAACCUCACACUGCCAGCUCUUCGAAUUCUGACAAACCUCCCACUGCCAGCUCUUCAAAUCCUACCGGCGGAACAGAACCUGAACCCAGGGCCGACUACCCAUACACACAGAACAAGGAAGGUCGUUACAUAUGCCCAGAAAAAGGCUGUGAAACCAAGAGCUACUCUGAGAGAUUCAGAUUUCGAUCGCAUUACGACACUAUUCAUACGGGCAGGGCAAAGUUAUACUAUUGCGAGCUUGGCCAUGAAUGUAGAGAGGAACCAUUCGAUCGACACGAUUCAUACCUCAAACAUUUGAGAUCGGUCCGGCAUCAAAGAAAACAGGCAGAACAUAAUAAAUAA